AUGCUCAAAUUAAGCGCAAGAAGACUGAAAUCAAAUCAUAAAAAUGCAAGUAUAUUCAAAAACAGGUUAGAACAAUUAAAGGAGGCCAAUACUUUAGAUCAAGAUGAUCCUUUGAUAAAGAUUCUUCAAGGAAGAGCAGAAGAUGAAGAGCUGAAUAGGAUAUAUGAUCAAUUGCCACAAAAGUCGUUUGAAAGAAAGUUCAACACCGAAAUCCAGUACUCCCAACUAGGUGAACAUAUCAAUAAACAUGCUAAAGAAACAGCCUUGUCUAAGCCUUGGCGGGGAGAAGAGUCUAUCUCUGAUGCAUCUCUUAGGAUGCUCACAGACAGUAUGAAGGCUCGCAAUUCCAGACAAAACGCCUCAAACCUAGGUUUCACUUUAUCUAGUAAACAAGGAAAAGCCUUGGAGAAUGUAUCUAGAUCAAAGUACAGCACGAAAGACCGUCUAGAGGCAGUCCAAGACAGCAUUAUUAAUUACCGACUGGAUAAAAAUAGCUCAGUUGAACAGAAAGAGGCAUCACAGUUUAGGGCAUUAUACGCAGAGAAAUUUACUCCUAUUGGAUCUUUCGAAAAACUGCGGUCUGUUGCUGAUAUGCGGAUAGAAGAAAGCAUGAAGCGAGGCGAUUUUGAUUCCUUACAACGAUUGCGAGGAAGCGCUGCGAAGGUUGCGCCGCCAAGGCCACAAAUCGAUCGGACGGAACAUCAUUUAAACGAUAUCUUGAUUCGUCAAAAGAUCGUACCACCUUGGAUAGAAAAACAAAGCUCUGUUAAUAGGGACGUCUGCGAGUUCAGAAAGACAUUAGAAGACCAAUUUGCAAGGGAGCUUAUUUACGUGUUGGACCAUUCAAAAGCUUUCGAAUCAAAAUCCUUAAAUGACUUCACCAAUGAAGACAGUUGGCUUUCGAGUAAGUUCGAAGACAUCGAGCAUCUUAAACAUUUCGCUUUCAUCAAUUGGAAGAAAAAGCAAGAAAUUAUAAUUGAGACUAAAAUCAAGACUUUGAACAGUGCUCUGCGAUCCUAUAACCUUCAAGCACCACUUCCUACUCAAAAGUUAUAUUUAGUGGUUCAAAGGGAAUUUCAGAAGAUAUACGAUGCUACUGAUAUUGAUCAAGUUUUUUCAGCCGAAAAACAAAAGCGAUUAUUUAGAGCAGCCAGCGAACAAACAUCUUCGCAAAGAUCACAUUAUAGGAUAUUUGACUUUUCUAAGUUGUUAAAGUUUUGGUAA